AUGGCAUCUGCAGAAGCUAGAGCUGGUUAUGCAGUUAAUCACUGUUUCACACAAGAUUUCAGGAUGUCUCCUUCUGAUUAUCAAUCUCCGGUUUCGAAAAAAUUGGAAUCUGAUUUUAUUCAUAGUCAUGAUUCCACUGAUUCUGACAUGAAAUGGUGGCUACAUGUCAAAACCAACUUGGGCAGUGAUGCGAAUUAUUCCUGGGAGUCUAAGUUCAAUGCUUUUAAUGUCGAUAUUGGUAGCGAUCAAUCGGUCAAAAACCUUGAUUCUCUUUCAUGUGUUGGAAGUGUUACUAAUACUAUAGCUUUAGAGCAGCAAUGGAAUGUGUAUCCAAAAUGUAUACAGAAAACCAAAGAUACGAGAACUGCGAAAAUUGAGGCUGCUUUGAACAAUGACUUGUAUUUAGCACCUAAGAAGAAAAUCGAAGGGGAAUUCUGGUUUUCGGAUGAUGAUGAUGUUACUAGUGUCUUGGUCUCGAAACAAUGUAAAAGUACAUCGUCUGAUUUGGAACCGCAUUGGUUGCGAGGUGAAAAAACUCGGCCUUGGUGGGACACUACUGGAAAAGACGACUUAGGUUACUUGGUUGCGAAGAAAUCUCGUGAGUAUAUUGAGAACUGCAAUCUCCCAGAGCCGGCCCAUCAGCCAAGAGUCAUUGACAAUGACAAGAAUCUUGUAUCCUCUUUGAGCCGAAAAUCUGAGGCGUGUUCUUCGGAAGCGAAUGGGUGCACGUCUAUAACCUUGACUUCUGGCUAUUCAUUUCAGGAUUCCAACAGAACUUUCAGUUCGAGCGAGAGCAAAGACUCUGAUUCAAGCAACAACAAAGAUAGCCACAUGAGUAGCGAGAGCGCGGCCAAGGCAGAGCUACUGAAAGCCUUAUGUCGAUCCCAAACCCGGGCGAGAGAGGCUGAAAAAGCAGCACAGGAAGCCUGCAACGAGAAGGAGCAAAUAUCGUCGCUAUUUUUCAAACAGGCUUUGCAACUAUUUGCUUACAAGCAAUGGCUGCAUGUUUUGCAGCUGGAGAAUCUAUGUCUUCAGUUUAAGGACAAAAACCAGCCAUUGAUGGACAACCUGUUUUCUGAUAGGGCCGGGAAAGCACCCAGGAAGAAUCGACGAAAGGUUAGGGAUAGAAGAAAAUGUGUUUUCGCUUUCGCUGUUGGUUUGGCUCUUGCUGGUGCAGGUUUGCUUCUUGGUUGGACCAUUGGAUGCAUGUUUCCAUCCUUGUAA